AUGCCACAUUCAUUCUAUGGAGUAUUGGGAAUAGGCAUUCCUAAUAAUUCCUCUAACAUAACUUCCUUAUCGAAUCUUCCAGCAAGGCUUAAGAUGGGUGGGAUAAUCGAAAAAAUGGUCUACUCAAUGUACCAACUGAGUCAAAAUUCAACCAGGGGAGUAGUGUUAUUUGGAGCGAUUGAUUACAGUAAGUUUACUGGCGAAUUGUUGACAGUGCCCAUCACCACAUUGCUAGAGGAUUCGAUGUACCUACCCAGAUCCCGUAUAGAAGUGAUUGUUAAUCAUUUGCAAUUGAGUAAUGGCGAGAAAAAAGUCAAUGUUCUGACAAAUUCUUAUCCAGCAGUGCUAGAUUCAUCGACAGAACUUAUCCAAGUUCCUCGUGCACUUGCGAACAAUCUCAAGUACAUUCUUAAUGCCGAUAAUUCAAGUUCAGCAUAUGUUAUCAAAUGCCCAUCAGAUUCAAGUCUCACUCUUGAUUUUGAAUUCAGUGGAUCCUUUCUUAGUAUCCCAGUGCUGAGUUUGGUGACUUCUAGAUAUGCUGGUAAUUGUACAUUGGGAAUAAUUCCUCAAGAUCAAGGUAACUACAUUAUUCUUGGAAGAACAUUUCUCAAAGGUGCAUAUGUCGUUUAUGAUUUAGACGAUAGAGAGGUUUCACUUGCUGUUCGAGACUUUAAUGAAGGUGCACUGUCGUCCAUAGUGGUCAUUAAUUCGCUGAUUGCAAGCGCAGUCGAUGCACCCAAUUACUCAAGUACACUGUUGGGUAGUAUAUCCAGAGAGCCUAAGGCCACAGCAACGCUCAAGUAUAAUAAAUUGCUGAUGGCAGUAUCAAAAGAUGGGCUAGCACUAUCGAUAAAGAUGACAUUAGCAAUCGUGUUGGCUGUGGUUUUACUAGUUGUGUGA